AUGUUUUCCUCAUACAUCCUAUACGACACAGUGGCCAUCGAGGCCGUGUACUUCCCUCGUCACUUCUCUAACGAAUGCACUGGUAGUAGUGGUGCAGCCAUGACGGCCACGACUUGUGGUACCUCGUCGGCUGCAACGGCGACAGCCGCGGCCAGCAGGAACGAGGACGAUGAGGUCUACUCGCUAACCUUGCGCGACAUUCUGCUUCACCGCCUCACAGAGCGGUACGUUGGCCGUGUCAUCCCCUCUCGUGGUCUGUGCGUGGCUAUCACAGAGGUAAUGGAGUACUCUGCCAGCUCUGUGCGUGGCGCGGCAGCAUCGGCGUGGCUUACUGCUACCUUUGGUGUUUGCGUGUUCGCGCCGACCCCCGGAACGCGGCUCAAGGCCCGCAUUGCUUAUCAGGCAGCCGCUGGGGUGUACUUGACGAUUGACCUAUUUGUGGCCAUUCCAUUCCUGGUACCGGCGGAAUCGUUGGUGCCUGGCUCAUGCUUCAGUGCCGCACAAGGAUUCUGGUACCUCCCGCUGGACACAGUGGAUCAAGAGGGCGGUACGCACGGUGCAGAGCUCAACGCAGAGCAGGCCAUGGCAGCGGUAACAGUAGGCAGUGCGAAGGCUGGCAAUGGAUAUGGCAGUGGCCCAUUGGCAUCCAGCAUGUUCUCAUCUCCGACGCCCGCUGCUGCAGCACCGUACAACGCCUACAUGGUCGGCGCUGAGGUGAUUGUGAAGGUGGAGUCGUGCACCGUACAAUCGGAAGACGUUUUAUCAGCAGCCGAGGAGGCCGACGGCGUCGGUGGGGACGGCACCAUUCAUAUCAUGGAGCUGCGCGGCAGCUUCGUCGGCGAUGCUCUGGGCCCCAUGUCAUGGUUCGAAAAGGGCGACGGCGCGUGA